GCGGCUGAGAUGGGGACGGAGUGAGGGCGUCCCGCCGGUCCGGUCCGAUAAGCGGCCGUUUUUCCCCUGCAGUGUGAUCCGGCUGAUCAUGCAGUACUUGAAAGAGAACAGCCUCCACCGAGCCCUCGCCACCCUCCAGGAGGAAACGACCGUGUCCCUCAACACCGUGGACAGUAUCGAAAGCUUUGUGGCCGACAUCAACAGCGGGCAUUGGGACACGGUGCUGCAAGCCAUACAGUCGCUGAAGCUGCCCGACAAGACCCUCAUCGAUCUCUACGAGCAGGUUGUGUUGGAGUUGAUUGAGCUCCGGGAACUAGGUGCUGCCAGGUCUCUCCUGAGACAGACAGAUCCCAUGAUCAUGCUAAAGCAAACUCAGCCAGAGCGGUACAUCCACCUCGAGAACCUUCUGGCCAGGUCUUACUUUGAUCCUCGUGAGGCAUACCCAGAUGGAAGUAGCAAAGAGAAGCGGAGAGCUGCUAUUGCACAAGCUUUAGCUGGAGAAGUCAGCGUGGUACCUCCAUCUCGUCUCAUGGCGUUGUUAGGGCAGGCACUGAAAUGGCAGCAGCAUCAGGGCCUGCUUCCUCCUGGUAUGACAAUUGACUUGUUCCGAGGCAAAGCAGCUGUGAAAGACGUAGAAGAAGAAAAGUUCCCCACACAGCUGAGCAGACAUAUUAAGUUUGGGCAGAAGUCACAUGUGGAGUGUGCUCGGUUUUCCCCAGAUGGACAGUAUCUGGUUACUGGCUCGGUUGAUGGUUUCAUUGAAGUAUGGAACUUCACUACUGGAAAGAUUAGGAAGGAUCUGAAGUACCAGGCACAAGAUAAUUUUAUGAUGAUGGAUGAUGCAGUGCUGUGCAUGUGCUUCAGCAGAGAUACAGAAAUGCUAGCAACUGGAGCACAAGAUGGAAAGAUCAAGGUGUGGAAAAUCCAGAGUGGUCAGUGUCUGAGAAGAUUUGAACGAGCACACAGUAAAGGUGUUACAUGCCUCAGUUUCUCCAAAGACAGCAGCCAAAUUCUUAGUGCUUCUUUUGAUCAGACAAUCAGGAUUCAUGGUUUAAAAUCUGGGAAAACUUUGAAGGAAUUCCGUGGUCAUUCUUCCUUCGUCAAUGAAGCUACUUUCACCCAGGACGGCCACUAUAUUAUCAGUGCAUCCUCUGAUGGCACAGUGAAGGUUUGGAAUGUGAAGACGACAGAGUGCUCCAACACCUUCAAAUCUCUUGGCAGCACUGCUGGGACAGACAUUACUGUGAACAGUGUCAUCCUGCUGCCCAAAAACCCAGAACACUUUGUCGUUUGCAACAGAUCGAAUACAGUCGUCAUUAUGAAUAUGCAAGGACAAAUUGUGAGAAGUUUUAGCUCUGGUAAGAGAGAAGGUGGUGACUUUGUCUGCUGUGCGCUUUCACCUCGUGGUGAAUGGAUCUACUGUGUUGGCGAAGAUUUUGUGCUCUAUUGCUUUAGCACAGUGACCGGCAAGCUGGAGAGAACUCUAACUGUUCAUGAAAAAGAUGUCAUUGGCAUUGCUCAUCACCCCCACCAGAACCUGAUUGCCACUUACAGUGAAGAUGGCCUCCUCAAGCUCUGGAAGCCAUAGCUUGAUUUUACAAUGAGCUAUGAAGUGUGCCUGUUAGUUACAGGUUAUUGAUGUUUGUGCUAUAAAAAGGCCUAAAAUGCACAGAGUCUGAUAUUUGCUUAAUUUUCAGUUCAGGUUUCCAGAGAAUAACAUUUUUACUUCUUGAUCUAAAGCUACGUAGAUUGAUGCUUAGAUACAGCAUCAGUUAAUUUCAAAUACUUUUAUUUUUACCAGAGUAGCUGAAGCAGCUUCAGUGAGAGUGUUUUUUCCAUCUCCUGAAGUCUUCCUACAGUGUUUAUAAAAAGUUGAACAAGCUAGGAACUAUACACACUUACAAGUGGUUGCUGACUUCCUAGAAUACAGUAAAUUUUUUUUUUUUUUGAGUGAAUUAUGUGGAAUGGGAAAGCUGUCUCUUCCUCACUGCUGAAACAAAUGCACAGUUUUCCUGGAAUGCAGAUGAGGCAUGAAUGCAAGUGAGUCUGUCCUCAGCUUGAAGGCAGAGGCUUUUCUAAUCCAGUGGGCUUUGCUGUGUUCAGUUUUUUCACUAUGAUUUUUCCAACUAUACAUAAUAAGUAGUGUCACACAGCUUCCUCAGAAUGAAAUUAUUCUUCCCCAUCUCCCAGCACUUCCUGCCUAAUGUGGCAGUGAGAUAUACUUGUUUUGGCGCUAUUUGUUUGUUUGGGGGGAUGUCGGUUCGUUUUGUUUGUUUGUUUGUUGGUUUUAGGAUUUUGUUUUGUUUUGUUUUUUUUCCUUUUUGUUUUACUUUACUUCCAGGCUAAAAGGAAUUAUUACCUGGGCCCUCUUCCGAUAAAUGCAUAAUGUCUUCAGACCGGCAUUACCUGAAGCAGGCCUCAGGGGAUCGAUAUUUUAAAGCUGAAAAGCAGGUUUACAUAGGCUGAGUUCCUAGUGCUAUGAUGCUGCACAGGCUGCAGUUAUUUUGAUUUUUUCCGGUUUACUCAGUUUGGCUUCCUGGAUCCCCGAAAGGGCAUGGCAUACUUAGCUUUAAAUAAUUUGUAAGAAGUUUUUGUAGAUUUUGUAUACCUGUGGACCUAGUUAAGGUCCCACACUAUGAUAACAUGAAACUUUCAUGCUCUUCAGUUUGGAGCAGAUGGUGAUUCCGUUUGAGAUCCUGACUAAUGCACACCGUUGUGAACGUACAUCAGAAUCUUCUAAAGUCUGACCAUAGUUUUUCCAGCAUGCAGCAAGAAAUCUGCAACGUCUGUAAUGUAAUGUAAAUGUGUGUAAUCGUAAGAUAAACACAGGUAGAUCUGUUGCUCUAUUUCCUGUCCUGAUCUCUUGUAGAAUGCUUUCCUGGCACAGUAAUCUUUCAAACAGUAAAAACUUUGACUUAAUAAAUCAGUUCCGAUUUAAAUAACCUCAUGAUUUUUUGCAGUGGAAGGGCUCGAUCCUAAUGCAAGUACCGGUUGUCAGCUGCUGACUGAUCUCCUUCAGCACUGACUGGUGCACUUCAUUAGUCUCUGUUCAUAUCAGUUUAAGGAAAUGCAGAAAGAUUUUAACUUUAACCGCUCACAUAGCAUUGCUUGUUUGCUACAGCUGUAGUGUUUAGUUCUAUGUUCAGCUGUAAUGUUUUAAUUCCUAAGUUGUUUUUUGUUUCCUUAGCUAGGGCAAAGUUAAUUUUUAGAUAGCCAAAAGUGAUGGUAUUUCCUGCCCGAAAAAGACACUGGUGCAUCAGAAACAUCUGAUAGUCAUACAUCUGACAGGCUCCGUUGGCUUUUUGAUCCAGGAGAAGAUCCUGACAGAAUAUAUUUGAUGUUACCUAACUCAUGGUUCAUUUUGCCUUCAGAUUACACAGAACUGCUAAUCUUCGAUGUAAAGUAUAUCUUACAUUGCUCUUUAAAAAAAAAAAAAAAAAGUAGUUGUAGCAAAUAAGGCUGUCAGAACCCCAAAUGUUUAAAGAUUGGAAUACAUUCUCUAGCUUAAAAGUGUGAGGAAAUUCUGGCAUUUCAUGUGUUUAAGAGUUUCAGAGUUUGUUGUGUCAAGGUCUCAAGACAAAAAAAAUGAAAUGUACUAAUGCUUGUGAAGAGGCAGUGCUAAAACUUACCUCCUGGGCUGCAGCUAUAAUUUGUAAAAUAGCUGGCAGUUGGCACAAAAUUACAAUGAUAAUCUUGAAAAUGUUAAAUUUUGGUUUUUUUUUUUACAUAAUUUUUUUUUUUUAAUGUGAAUGUUAAUUUUUUAAAAUGUAAUCUAGGAAGACAUUUUCUGUCUGGAAAGUCAGCCAGGUGUUAUGCCACCUACCUGUAUGUAAGACUUGAACAGGGCAACAUCUAGUGUUUUUAACUAUUAUUAAAGAAAGCAUUGUUCACCCA